AUGAGAAAUUAUAUGGAAAGAUUUGUUGUUCUUCCUUUCUCUUUGAGGUGUGCUUCACAUUCAAGUGUGGAAUUAGGUGAACCCAAAGAAUCAAAAGAAUAUUCAAAAGACUCCAUUGUUUCAAGAAGAAAAGAAGGACAAAUAGUUGCAACUAAAAUGGAGAAAAAAAGAUCUUCUGGAUUUUUUGUUCUACCAAAGGCUCAUGUAGCUGCUGGCAUUCAGAGAUUGAUCAAGGGUAUCAAGAAUUUUUCUCAAUUAUUUUUUUACAAAGAUCCCAUUGAAGAGAUAGAGCAAGACAUGGAAAUUGGGUAUCCAACAGAUGUGAAGCAUGUAACACAUAUUGGACUUGAUGGCUCAACAACCACGAAUAAUGUUAAGGGUUGGGACAAUCUUAAGCCACCUGAAUUACUUUCUUUAAAUCCAAUUACUUUAAAGCAAUUUGAAUUGGCCAUGGCUACUCAAGCUCAACAACCACUUAUAGAUGAUUCUUUUCCAAAAUGUGAUUAA